AUGCAAGAUGAUGACAGUGAAAGUGGCGAUAAAAAAGUUGGAGAAGAGUGGAAAGAGGAUGACUUGUCGGGAUUGAGCGCAGUUGAAUUAAUGAGGAAACGAAACGAAAUGAUUGAAACGGCGAAACAAGAAAUUAGUGACAUUGCAUUGAAUCUACUAGCACAACCACAACAACAGAUCGAUAGACUCCGCGUGUUGAUAGGAUUGUGUAAGGGUGAGAGGAUCCAUUCGUUGAUACGCGAGACUGUUCAAAAAUUAGCGAUUGCGUCAACAGUCGAAGUUUUCGUCGAUAUUAUUCCCGGUUAUGCGAUCAGACCAUUGAGUGAGGAAGAAAAAUCACAAAAGAUGAAAAAAGAAACAAAAAAAUUACACGAUUAUGAGAAUACGCUGUUGAAUUAUUACAAUAAGUAUUUGCAAGUGAUCGAGAAAAAUGUAACAAAAGCGUUACCGAAGAAAGGCAGUGUAUUGAACGAAGCAACGUUCACGUAUAAAUUAGCAAUAGUCUCGUUACGUUCUCUGUGUAAACUUUUAGUGGACGUUCCGCAUUUCAAUUUCUCAACCAAUAUCAUCAGUUUGCUUGUCAGAUUGACCACGUCGAAACAUGAAACGGUAAUAGAUGAAUGUUGUAAUGCACUAUCGAAACUAUUCAAAUCGGAUUUGUCAUUGAAAUAUUGUGCGUUCGCUGCGCGUGCAAUUUCAGCGAUAGUUAAUGAGAAGAAGUCGACUACCGAUCACGUAUCAAGCAAGCUUUUAUUGACCUUACUUUGUAUGAAUAUAAAGGAAAUCGACAUGCAAAAGGACGAUCAUGGUAAAGAAAAGGAAAAACUUUUGGGUAAGAGGUUCAAGCUGGCCAAAGAAAGGCAGUCAAAGACCAAAAAUAAGUACUCCAAACAAUUAAAGAAAUUGGAAUCCGAUCUGAAAGAAAUUGAAGCUGCAGAGUCUUUGACGACGAAAGUCAAAUAUGCAACUGAAGCGAUGAAAUAUAUAUUUCUAACAUAUUUUCGUGUAAUCAAGCAUAUGCCGAAUAGUAAUCUGCUUGAACCGGUGCUAGAAGGCUUAUCCAAGUUCGCACAUCUUCUGAACGUUGAAUUCUUUGAUGAUAUUGUUAGUGCCCUGCAAACACUCGUCGAUCAACAGCACAUGAAAGUAUUGGAUUCGUUGCAUUGUAUUCACGCCGUGUUUGUAAUAUUAUCUGGUGAAGGAUCGGCGAUCAAUGUAGAUCCAUAUCGCUUUUAUAAAUCAAUUUAUCGCAUCAUGAACGACAUUCCUUUCGAGAAACGAUCAGACGUUCGUGAUCGUGAAAUGAUUCUGUUGUUGAAAUCGUUGCAUCUGAUGAUAAAUCAUCGUCGUAAACAAGUGAUUCUGUGUCGAGUUGCUGCGUUCGUUAAACGACUUCUACAUAUAUCUUUCUUAUUACCGACCAACUACACUAUUGCGAUUCUUUGUGCCAUUCGAACCUUCUUCAUUUCACAUCCUCGAUUGAACUCGAUGCUUGAAUGUGACGAUGAUGAUAGAAGUGUCGUUAAUAAAUCGUCGGCACUUGAUGUGUUUAUACCAGAAGUGAAUGAUCCAGAUUGUUGCAAUGCACUGUCCACGUCGAUCAUUCUCGAGACUGAUCUUUUAUCAAAGCAUCCGAAUGCGAUAAUAUCACAAUUAGCGAAGAACAUUCGCGCAGCAUGUCCCUCAUCGGGCGCUAACAGAGUAUCAGCCGACUUAAGCAAUUGGUUUGUUUCGUUUCAAUCGUUAAUUAUCUCGUUAAUUUUUCAUUUUCUUUUCUCAUGUUGUUAUUUUGUUUCAGUAUUGCACUGA